GGCUUACAUAAGCCUACAGCUAGCCCGCUGGAGGUCCCGGUUUCACAAGCAAAGGCGACCAGCACCAACUACCAUCGUAACAGCUCGUAACAGCUUCCCGAACCUUGAUUGCGAAGCCCAUCUCAACCUCGACUCUCCACCCGCAGCCAGUCUCCACCAGCACCAAUUCCCAAACACUUCAGCAACUUCGCGUCGGGCGCCAAGAGGCGAUCCAAGACGACGGGCCAAGAUGCUCGUCUCCCUGACCGUCGGCAAGGUCGACGCCGGCGUCACCGUCCUCCUGACCCCAGACAAACGACUCAUCGAGUUUCCCUCCAUCCUACUACCACCAGACAUCUCGUCAGGCUCCAUCGUCGACAUCACCGUCGCACGCAAUCUCUCCUCCGAAUCAUCGGCCGAGCAGCGCUUCCAGGCCCUCCAGGAUCAGAUCUAUGGCUCCUUCGGGGCUGCCUCGCCCUCCAGCCCCGUGCUUCGCUGUCGCAACGCGACCCAGACCUCGGUCGUGCUAGAAUGGGACCCCAUCCAGCUCGCGACCGCGGAUCUCAUCAGCCUCGCCCUGUACCGCAACGGACAGAAGGCGGGCAACAUCCCCCGCCCACUCCAGAUGCACACCACCAAGAUCUCGGGUCUGGCCGUGGACACCAAGUACACCUUCCACCUGGUCCUCAGGACGACGGCCGGCACGUACAGCAGCGAGAAGGUUGAGGUUCAGACACACAAGAUGACAGAUCUGAGUGGCAUCACCAUCACGACGGGCAUCCUGCCGCAGUCCAUGCGAGAGGAGCUGGCAGAGGCGGUUGAGAGGAUUGGCGCCAAGAUUGUGGACAGCGUGAGGAUAGACACAACACACUUUGUCACGACCGAGGGGCGGGGCAUCCAGUGGGAGAAGGCGGUGGAGAUGAACAUUCCCGUCGUUCGGCCGGAGUGGGUGGAGGCUUGCGAGAAGAACGGCAGGAUUCUGGGAGUCACUAAAUUCUAUCUGGAUGCAUUGAGGCCCGGCCCACCAAGUGAAGACCGGCCUGGCACGCCUGGCACAAUCACUCAACAGCAGCAGCAGCAGCAGCAGCAGCCUUCUGCCCCGGCCGCCGCCCCGGCCCCAGUGCAGACGGAGAAGGAGUUGCCAGCCGCACCGGCAGCAGAGAAUGGUGAACAAGGCAGCAAGGAAGAGGGCGAGAAAGAGGAGGCCACGGAGGCGGAUGGGGCACAAGACAAGGACGAAGCCGCGGAAGGCAGAAACGAGGAGAGUGAGGGGGACGGAGAAGAGCUGGAAGAAAAGACAAAAGCGGAAGAACAGGGCGAACAGAAGGUCAGGUUCGAGGACAAGGAGCAGAACCUGACAUUGCGGCCCGAGGCGACCAGGUUCGCGAGCGUGGAAGACGCGGAUGACAAGGACGGGGGGGUGCAGACUCCAGCCAGCCGGGCAUCAUUCCAGGACGUACAGUUAUAAGCGUCUCGUGGCAUCCAUGAACUGAACAGGUGAUAAAUAUCAUAAUGAAUUCCAAGACGCCUGGCGGCCUCGGCUCGUGACAAGCUUGAGGUACGACGAGAGCACGGGCUCAAGGCAGGAUCUCGUCUCCCUUCCAAUCCCAGCACCUCCCUCUCCCGCCGAGGCCCACCUUCCCCGUGACGACCUCGACCAUCUUCGCCACAGCGAAUUCGGGCUCAAACAGUCUCUCCUUGGGCACAGACUCCCAGAAAUCACGGCUCAGGUCCGUCCUGACGGUGCCAGGGUGAUAGGCCAUGGCCAUGGCCUUGUCGCCGCUCCUGGCCGCCAGCUGCAGGUCGAAGCUCUUGGUGAGGCUGUUGACGGCGGCCUUGCUGCUCCUGUAGCUGUACCACCCGCCCUUGCGGUUAUCCGAGAUGCUGCCAACCCUUGCGCUCAUGUUCAACCAGACGGCCCGCUCCGGGAGCCGCACCGGUUCGUGGGAGCCGUUGCCGUUGCCGUUGCCGUUGCCCAGCGCGAACUGCGUGCGCCUGCGGGGGAGGAAGUCCUCGAACCACUUCAUCAGCAGCAGCGGGCCGAGGGCGUUGACCCUGUACGUCUGCAGCGCGGCGGCGGCGUCCACCUGCCGCAGCGACUUCUCUGGGUGCAGGAUGCCGGGGAUGGCGAGGGCCAGGUGCAGGUGGUGCGUGUCGCGGGGGAAGAGGCGUGCGGCCUCUCGUGAGGCGGCCUCGACCGACGGCUCAUCCGUCACAUCCAGUUGGACCACGUGGAGCCGCGCGCUGGACUCGCUGUCGUGCUUGAUAUCAUCCAGCAGGCGGUCCUUUACGCCAGCUGGGUCGCUCCUCGCCGUGGCCAAAAUCGGCACGGUGGUGUUGCGCAACAGAUGCCUCGUCAGGACAUGGCCCAGCCCGCGGCUGGACGGGCAUACGAAAAUCCAGGGGCGCGACAUGGCGUGGCUGCGAGAGCUCUCGGUCGUCAGUUGAGGUUGAUACCGCCCGGUCUGAAGCCAGCAGCCCCUGGGAGCUACCCCGAGCUCGCGGGCCGGCACUAGCAUCAUCGUGCCAGUCCGAGCUGGCAGGCUGGCAGGCUGGGCGAGCUGUGUCGAGCUCAGGGAUACGUACGUGCCCCAGUGAUCGACGUCAUGCCGAAACUUGUCCUGGAUCGCCGCCAGGGAUCAUUAGGCUUCUCAUCGACGCCCUCGGUAAUUCGCCAAGACACGUACUCGAGAUAUCAGUCAACGAGGUACAACACAGCGGUAGUGGCCAGCCCGCCAGAUGAUGUGUGAACGAAAAUAUCCCGUACUAGUAUACAUUACAAAGAGAUCGGAUAUUCACACCCGCCAAAACAGAGGGUACUCCAACAUUAGGGAAAUGGGAGAUUAAAAUGCGUAGUUUAGCGCCAAACCACGAGUAAUUAUCCCAUGGGAUGUUUUCCUAUAGAAGCAUGUCCCAUAGGAGAUUAUCCCAUAGGAGGUUGUCCUAUAGGAGGUUGUCCCAGGAGGUUAUCCCAUAAGAGGUUGUCCCAUAGAGGUUGUCCUAUGAGAGGUUAUCCCUUGGGGCUUGGGUAUACCCUCCGUUUUGGUGGGUGCGAAUAUCCGACCCCAUUACGAAUUAUCGCUUGCCAACAAAACCUUGCCUCGCCAAGCAGAAUCAUUACUCAAUCAGGGCCUGCGCCCUCCAAAAGCGCCGAACCCAAUCACCGCCCGCGGGCCCUCCCUCAGGCGCUGCACCUCGCUGUCCCCCUCGAACCCGCCGGCCGACCCAGAGCUCUCGAGGCUGAGCCGGCCCCCGCCCGACUGCAGCUCUCGCAUGAUGGGCUCCACCGUCUGCAUCCCGCUGUAGUACGCCCUGCCUCCACUCUCGUCCCGCGCGCCGCCCGCGUACCUCGCUAAGCUUGCCUCACUCCGGCUCUCGUACCUGGUCAGGCCCGGAGCGCUGCCGUGCUGGUGGGCCCGGGACGACGACGGCAUAUGCUGUGGCGGCGGUGACCACCCACGCCGGUGGUGGCUCAGCUCGCGCGUGAGCCCUCGCAUGUGCGAGUCUAUGCGCGCGUUGAGCCGCUCCAUACGCUUGAUGCGCUCCAGUUCCGCCUCGACCUCGUCCUGCAGGCGCUGCGGGCCCUGUGCCGGGUUGGCCGGCGCCCUGGAUACCGUUCCCAUGGAGCUUGUGCGGGCUCCACUGCCCGUGUCGAUCAUUGUCGUGGUUCCAGACAAGGUCCCGGGCUGCCUUGACCCGUCCGGCGACUGUGGCCGGCGGUGACGGCUGUGGCUGCGCGUGCGGCGCCGGUCGGCUCUGUGGUCCGAGCCGGGUUGCUCGUCAAGUAAAUACAGGCGGCGAGAUCGUUCGGAUACGCCAGUGUUGGCUCUCGAACGAUCCGUGGGCACGUAAGGGCGGCGCACGAUUUCCUCGUCACUUUCGAAAGACUCGUCUCCGGGCAUGUACCUUCUCCGCGUGCUUGGUGCAGCUUCUUCCGCGUCGAAUCGGCCGCCGAAUCGGCUCUGCCUGCCGUCGUUGUGAGAGCUAUACUCGGGCCUCCUCACGGUCCUGAUGUUCGGGCCUUCAGCUUCCUGGUCGGCCUGUUGUCCCUUGCCCUUGACCAGUUCCCCCAGCGUCUGGCUCAAGUCCGUCAGCAGCGGAAGCAUCGACGUCAGCCAGUACUCGCCAUUCCUCUCAAGCCGCUCCAAACGCUUCUCCAGGUCCCGCGUUUGCUUUUCGCGCAGUGCUUCGUAGCGGUCAAAUAUCUCAGAGCGGGACAUCUUCAGAACAGACGUGCUGGCCUCGCCCCUGUCCUGUUCAGGCGACUCGGGGCUUUGGCGGCCGCCAAAGAAGUCCUUCCUCGAUGCAAGGAGCCCUUUGCCAGCCGUCUUGGGCCUGGGCGUAUUCUCAUGCAUGGCCGGUGAUAUUCUGCCAGACAGAGCUGGCGAUUGUCGGCCGGGAAUAGACGCCCGCCGGCGCAGAGAGCCGAGGCGCUUGAGUGGCGGGUGCUUGAGUGCCGUGGCCUGCACCUGUGUCUCGAGCGAUGAGAUUGGCGAGGAAGACGAUCGCGAUUGUGGAGGUGAGUCUGGCGGCGUGACACUGCCGAGGCUCCGGAACGGUGGCACUGGCGAGGUCAUAACGACGGUAGCCACGGUGCCUGGUGAGGACACUGAAAGUGCCAGGGAAUUCUUCUUCUCGACUCCCAGAACGGGAGACGUUGUGUGAGGGCUGGACGGCUUGACAUUCGCAAUAGUCAUGACGGCACUGAUACCGAAGCGGCCGGGCGUCGUUUUCAGACUAUAGGGGUUGUUCUCCGAGAUGGGUGGAACGUGAAUCAGGAUAUCCUUCGGCUCUGCCCUGGCCUCUUUUUCCGUCGAGGUCGAGCUUCCGUCGGACGAGAUGCUGAGCCUCCGCAAGACCAGGUCCUUGGGCUCGGAGCCAGGCAUCUCCAGGGCCUUCUUCAGUUCAGCGAUUCGCUGCGACCUGGUCAAUAUGGUUGACUUCCUCUUCUCUUUCCGCUGUUUCGGGCUCGGCAAUGGACUUUGUUGUGUUUCCUCUCCCUUUACUUUCGCAUUGGGCUUUGGUACUCCAUCCGCAGCCCCACGUUCCGGGCUCGCUUUUCCUUUGGGCUCCUUCUCUUGCACCGGCAAGUUCGACAUUGGGCUUUCCUGAAGUGCCUGCUGUUUCUCUUUGCCCUUGCCCUCGGAUGCCAUCUUCUGUGAAGGAAUGCCCGACAUCGAGCUUUCUCGAAGCACCUGCUGCUUCUCCUUUCCUUUCCCCUCGCUUUCCUGUUUCGGGCCCCCAGGUGAAGGCUUCCCUACUUCGACAAUUCCCUCAUCCUUGGCGCCGGGCUCUUCGCGCGGGAAAGAGGUGUCGGGAGGGGUUUCCACCACAACCUCUACAGACCUCCGUGACUGCGGCUGCCUCGUGAUACUCUCGUCAACUUUCUUGACUUCCGGGUUGAACAACAUUGUGGCUGCCGAGUUCCUCGUCAUCUCCGGAGGCUCCUCUUCCUCGAUCGUACCACUACUCCUCUUGCUGCUUCGUUUGCUACUCCUCUUACUCCCGUGCCCACUCGACCGUUUGCUGUCGUGACCGCUGCUCCGUCUCUUCUCUUUCACGAAAACCCUUGCGUUCUCCCUACCACUCGCUUCUCCCGUCUCAAGGCUCGUCCUGGGGGGCGUAUCCACGAUUUCCACCGUCCCAGAGAACCGCUUCGCUCGCUUCGCCUCCUUGAUGACGCCAGGCUCGGCGUCUGAGCCGCUUGCCACUGUGCCGUAGCUCUCCAAGAACGACGGUUCUGAGAAGAUAGACUCCUGGAGCGUGUACUGAUCCCUCGAUGAAUCGCGGCUACGCUCGUUCUGAGCGCGCUGGUCAGAGUCACUGCGUGCUCGCGAUCGUCUGUUGUCAAGAACCUGGGGGUGAAGGCUAGACUUUCGCAUUGGGUAGGCCACUUUGGAAGCUGGCGACGCCGAGGCAAAAGAGCGGAAGCUGUAGCCUGACUGGCCGCUGAUGGGCCUCGGAGCUGUCUUCGGCCGUUGUAAAGCGGCAAGCGCCUGCCUGUGUAUCAAUUCGCGCGUCUCGUCGCUUGUACGUGGCGACCAGGAGUCGUCGCUAACACGCCGCGGCGUCUUUGGAGGCGACAUGGAGCGUGUGUUAGGCCUACUCAGCUCCUCUUGGACGGUGCCGAAGGUAUGUCUCGAUGCCAGUCGAACCUUGCGCGCCUCAUCCAGCCCUCCUUGGCUUGAUCUCUCCCAAGAUCUCGAGGAUAGUGAUUCUCGCUCUUCAGCCACAGGCCCCAAUUGUGUCCCUAUAUGUGGCUCGUUAACAAAAGCCGUCAUCGGCCUGACAUUGACGUCGUUGUAAAACGGGUUCAUCUCAACAAUCGGCAGGGAUCUCGUCCUUCUUUCGGACCUCGGGAACCUGAGCCGUGACUCCGGGCCAAUGUGGGCAUGUUGAAUAGGAAUGGAUAUCGCAAUGUGACGGUGGCCAUCAACAGUUGUUCCUGAGAUGGCGGUGUCCGGGAGCUUGAUGCGCGGCGGGCGUUUCUUGUGCUUGCGAGCUGGCGAACGGGUAAGACCCGGCGAAGGUGGCCUCACAGACGGCUUCCGUAAGACCUUCUUUUGCCUGGAAGCCCCUCUCAGAAACGAAAGACAGCGCCGUAGGGCGCCCUUCCUCUGUUUGCUAUUCCUUCGCCGUAUACUCGACCUUGACGAGACAGUUGUUGGGGAGUAGGGUUCUGUAGGCACAGACAUGAAGUUGGAUGGCGGCGGCGUCACAUUACGCAAGAACUCGGCGACCUCAUGCCAGGCCUCAUCCUCGGCCUCGGAGGUCCGCCUGCGAUCUCUUGCGACCCCACGAGAGAAGGGUCGUGACUGAGGCCGAGAGGCCGCCUCACUCCGCGGCUCCAGGAGCUCCUUGGACUCGACGCGAAUGUCGAUGCGGCGAAGAAUGCCGCCCGGCCAGUUUGAACUCAGCGCGGUGGCGGGUGUGAGUUGCUGGGAGGUCAUAGGGCGGGCGUUGCUGUUGGCGAUGCCCAGGCCGCUGUUUGUUCGAGACUCUGCUGCCGUGGCAAACGAGUUCUCGUCUGAGUCGAGUGAGCUAAAGGACAUGCGUCUGUCCUCGGAAGCGGCGGUGUGGCCAUGUGCGUCCAGCUCGUAAAUGUACAUGUUGCUGAGUCGGUCAAGGCGGAGGCAUAACUCCAGGCACAAUAUGGAGGGCAAGCUCUGGUGCUGCCUGUGAAACGCAACUCGGGGUAUCAAAAGAUCGCACACGCGAGUAUAGAGUUUCGUCCCGUGUUGACAGGUAGCGAUCCUCACGUGGCCGCCGACUUGAAAGAUCUCUUUCUCUUGCCACUGAAGUAGUCUCAGUUGCGAGUCUGGUCAAACACGAGCUGUGCGAAGAAAUAGGCGGUCUACGCCGGUUCAAAGACAAGAUGAGGGAAGGGAGGCAGGUCCAAGGGCAGGAUCAAGCGGACCAGUGGACGCGAAUGGCUCGAGUCAUCUCGUCGACACAGACUAGGUUAUGGCGUCCGGCUUUGGGGUAGAUCAGGAUAGAAAGGGAGACUGCGACCUCGUCUACGAAGGCAGAUAUGGCCAAGGUUGGAAGGGGACUGUAGAAGAGGACGGUGAAAGCGGCUGGCAGCAGCGAUUAAGUUGAGCGCGAUAUCAGGGGUUGCAGUGGUGGUGUGAGGACGGGACGAAAGGAACAAGGCGGCGAGGAAAGCAGGAGUGCUUAACCUAUGGUGCUUGACCAUGUGUAGGAUUCACAGAUGACGGCAGCGAGAUCUAUCUAAGCACCGAAGCAUGAAGGUGUCAACGGACCAAGCUAAAACAACGAGGGAGGAAACAAACCAGUGAGCGGCCAAGGGUCCUCUGGGGGACGUCUGUGUGCUACAUUGGCGAUGGCGAAACGCAAAUCGCAAGGUCCUCCACGGAUGGUGUGCAAGACAUGGGCAUCCAUGACAUUCGGCGAGUCACACCAGGCCCCCACCUGGAUGAAUCAACCGACCAUGCCCCGUAGGAGGCUGUCCCACAGGAGUUUGUCCUCUAGGAUACACUGUCCACCUACAGGAGGGACACCCGACAGAGACGAGGUCGUGGGGUACCGAUGCUGUGUCCCGGUGUCCCGCGUCCCGCAGGCGGCAGUCCCAAGGCGGACGGGAUCAGAAGCAUACCUAGGUACUUGGUCAUAGGAGCGGGAAUAGGAACAGGAACAGGCACAGGCACAGGCACAGGCACGGGAGCUGUGGUCGCUAGUCUCUCGUCUUCUGGCCCGGUCUGGGCUCGAGAAGGCGGCUCACUCGACGUUUGAGAGCCCGGCUGAGGACAACAAGCCCAAGACGAGGGGCGCUGGGCUGCACGGCGCACGACGCACGGCGCACACGAGGUCGAACCGGAGCCGAAUGUCGAAACACCCCUGCAGUGUGUUUCAGGGGCAAUGCCCGUUGGGGGCUAGGCAAAGAGGCGGCGCCGUGACGUUGGAGAGUGGGGAGACACAGAUGCCCUCUCAGCUGCGCGCCAUCAGCCACCCGGGGGUUGAAGCCGUCCAAGCGUAGAAGCGUACUCGGUAGAAGCGUAGAACGAACAAGCCAGCAGCCUCGUUUCCCCAAGGGUCCUGGGUUCCGGGUUCCCCAUUUGACUGAUUUUGCCUCCAUCAUGCCCGCCCGUCCUGCCGUCCUGCCGUCUCCUCCCAACACCCUUGAGCUUGAGUCGAAAGCCGAAGCCGGGUGUGCCGGGAAACGUCGACCAUUGGCCGAGGCCAUGGUCGCAUAGAUAUUGCUGGUGCGUGACCAACAGGUCUUGUCCCCGUCGUGCUAUCAUUCCAAGGUUUUUGAGAACGCAUCGUCACUGCCGCUCGGACGUAAGAGAGAGAAAAAAA